UAGGAGGCUCAUGCGAGAUUUCAAGCGUGCCUGUGUUCGGACUGGGGAACCUUGCAUGAUUAAGAUUGCAAGAGGACCCGCCUGUGGGGGUCAGUGGUGCACCAUCUGAAAACAACAUCAUGCAGUGGAACGCAGUUAUCUUUGGACCAGAAGGGACACCCUUUGAAGAUGGUACUUUUAAACUAGUAAUAGAAUUUUCUGAAGAAUAUCCAAAUAAACCACCAACCGUUAGGUUUUUAUCCAAAAUGUUUCAUCCAAAUGUGUAUGCUGAUGGCAGCAUCUGCUUAGAUAUCCUGCAGAAUCGAUGGAGUCCCACAUACGAUGUCUCCUCCAUCUUAACUUCAAUUCAGUCUCUGUUGGAUGAACCGAAUCCAAACAGCCCAGCUAAUAGCCAAGCAGCACAGCUUUAUCAGGAAAACAAGCGGGAGUAUGAGAAGAGAGUCUCGGCCAUUGUUGAGCAAAGCUGGAAUGAUUCAUAAUAGACACCCGGUCUGUUCAUCUUUUCAUCGUUGUUGUGUAUAAUUUACCUCCAGUAGAAAGGCUAGCAAGUUUUAAGUGCCACGGGUUUUAA